CCGCUCCGACCUCCGAGCAACGGAUCGCGGAUUGCGCAGCACCUCUGGAAUUGCCAGUGGAUGAUGGUUCACUUUUACUUUGCGGAAUAAGAUCGGACGCGUGGAUCAAAUAUCAGUAGAGUAUCCCAUAUAAAGGUUUCAAAUAGAACUUGAAUGGAGCACUCUUGUUCACGACCUGGAGACUAGGAGCCGUAUGCCCCUGGGCCCCUGCCCGCAUCCCGUCUCCCUCUCACCGCAAUGCCUCUGUAUCUUUUAACUGGCUUCGUUUGUCCGACCUGUCGAUGUACCGCUUUCUGUCUUCCACGAAAAACAUCUUCAGACGGCAAUGGCAAGCCUGGACGCUUUAUUCGGGGCCAUGCUCAUUGGCGUGAUUGUAUGCUCAAUCCUCCUCGGUGUUCUCACUGUUCAAGUUUGUAGUUACUAUGCUAACUUCAAGAACGAUCCGCUAUGGAUGAAGUUCUGGGUGGCGGCUGCUUAUGCGGUCGAUGUGUUGCACCAAGUGUUUGGAUCCUGGUUAUCGUAUCGUUAUGCCGUCAGCCUCUAUACUUGUCGACGUUGUCUGGGGGAAGUGCAUUGGUCCGUUGGAGUGGUCGCCUUGCUCGAGCCACUUUCAGCGGGGCUUACACAGCUCUGGUUCGCUCGCAGAUUAUAUCAAUUCAACAAAAACCAGUUAUGGCUCGUGGUUCUGACGGUUGCGCUAUCGGUCAUAUCGAUGAUCGCAGGGCUGGCCUCUGCUUCCAUCGUAUUCCACAGACAAUACUUUAUCCAGUUUGGUGGUAAAGACGUUUGGCAUGUAACCAUUUGGUUUGUAGCAGGCUUCUUGUGCGAUGUCCUUGUUACCGUCCCUGUUGCAUGGUCGCUAUAUCACUCCCGCACGGGAUUCCGAUCGACAGAUCGCUUGUUGACUAGACUUGCCAUUUGGAUCAUCAAUACAGGCGCUCUGACUACAACGAUCGCUCUCCUCGGUACAGUAGUGUAUUUGGUUUACCCGCAUACCCUUAUCUACAUCUCCCUCCACAUCGUUUUGGCAUCAUUAUACUCAAACUCUCUUGUGGCAUUCCUCAAUCGCCGAGGUCGAGGGAUCCGUACGGAUUCUCACGUCCACCGGUCAACUAAUCUUUAUUUGUCGCAGCUGCGCCCCCAUCGCACGACUCCUGAUGAUCGGAGACAGCUGGAUGACCUAUGGGGAGACCCGUGGGUCGAUCCGUGGGGUGAUCUUGUCGGUUCUAAGUCUGAUAGUGAGGCCCAUGAUCUAAAACGGGGCAUGGGGCCAUCACGUACCCGCAAAGGCACGAUCGCAAACCCCAUUAGUCACGGGGCGAUCAUGGUGGAUAUUGUGGAGUUCCAAAAUCGGUUGUAGGGUUUGUAGAAUGUCUGGAGGAUGGUUAGCACAAAAGGAAUAAGGUGGCACAUCUAUGAUGUCUUCAUUGAAUGUUUGUACUAUCAAAUUUAGCUGAUCCUACGGAGUAUAAUGUUAAG